AUGGACGAGAAAUCUCCGGUGAAUCUCGUGACUGGUAGGAACUGGGGGAACAAGCGCACAGCACACCUCAGUCACGUGAAAAUGACCAGACGAUUGCCGAUCACCCGAGCGCUCCGUACCAUCCAGCAGACGUGGUCAUGCCGUCUUAAAAUUGCGGUCACCAGGUUCGAUGUCGAGCCAAGGAACCUUUGUUUCCUAACCAACCCAGCUGCCGUGCGUUCUUCCAUCAACAUAGUGCAGUGCGCGGCAGACAAAGCGAGAACAUCGUUCAACACGUCGGCGACCCCAUUAAGCGGAGCCCGCAAUGACGAUAACGGCUCGUUCUUUCCGUCCCCUGGCGACAACAAGGUGGAAAUCACAGUUUCUUCGGACAGGGACACCGAGGUUGUCAACCCGGAUGGAUCCCCAGGAUCGCUGCUGAAACGACCACCGACAGCCAAAUACAACGGCCCCCUGGAUCUGUCACUCGGGGAAACCCAGCAUAGUCGUUUACGCACUGGAGUUGACUGGCACAACAGCAUCGAGCUUGUCGACGCUAUUGACAGCCCUCGCCGCACGCGGAAAAUUGACGCGCCGUUCACACUUUCAGCUUCAUCCGCCGACGACAACACUGAGUCUGCACUGCAUGAUGCAUGCAGAUUUAGGUUCGAGGUAACAGAAUCGGAUCUGGUGCCCGAGGGCCUGCCUAAGAGCCUUGCCGAGGAAUUUGCGACCUCAGGUACGGGAAGGGUGAUGAUAAGAGACGUUGACGCGCGGUUGUGGGAUAAGAUCCAGCGAAGAAGGUCAACACUCCUUCAUGGUGGGCAGGGUGCCGGCAAGACCGUUUCCUGCGUAAAUCUUGUUGCGCGUGCGAGAAAAGCAGGGUGGCAUGUUUUGUACGUCCCAAGCGCUCGAGCAUUGACGAUUCAUUCGAGCUAUCAUAGAGAUGAUGGCAGUGGGAUGUGGGACACCCCAGAUCAUGCCCGUCUGUUGCUGAAGUGGACUCAGGCAGCCUUAGCGGUAUCAAGUGAGCCCGACCCUGCAGAUGUAGACGCAGUAAGUGAAGGCCUUGAAUCCUCGGAUAGGGAAGCGAACGUUGUCGUGAAUGCGGCACUUCGUGUCAUAGAGAAUGCGAAGCGUCGAGCACGGGCUGGCAGCAAAGUGUUGUUCGUGGUUGACGAGUACAAUUCACUGUUUGGUAUGACAGACAUGCACGAGGUGCUUGGACCUCGCAAACGGGGGAACAUCGAGGCGGGUAAGACUAGGUUAUGCGCCGCCCUCAGAAACGCCAGUGACAUUGUAAGAAGUGGCGCGGUGUAUGUCGGAGCCACAAGCAAAGCUGUGCAGCCGACCUUUCAACUGAGCGAGUCUCUAGGUGGUGAACGUGGAAGAGGUGGAAGUGAGGUGUUGGAGCGAGAGAAGUGCCAACGAUUCAGCACAAACGAAAUCCUUGGCAUGGUGCAGCAUUAUGAGGCCGCGAAAUCGGGGCUGGGUGCGGUGCAUCCAAGCGUAGACGGACAUCAACUGUCUAUGCGGCUCAGGGUUUUGACACAGGGUAACGGGACAGAGAUCAGGCAAUUGUGCGCCAUGCUGUGAGACCAUGGUUGCUUAAUAAAGAGGAAAAUUCUUCAAUAUCUGAUUUCAGUUUCACGUCG